GAACAAAUUCCAUCUCAAGCAUUUGGGUGCCCCAUCCUUAGGUCAUAAGGAAAGAGUUGUGUUCUCCGCGUUUUGUCAGUCCCACAUCCUCUCGUCACUUUUUCACGCGUCAACUCCGCGUCUCGAACGUUCGAAACUCUGUCACACAGUCUAAAGGACCUACUAUGUUCUGCAUUCUCAUGAUGGCGUCGCCCUCGGCCGACGGGAAGCCUGCAAUUUUGAAACCUGCCGACCGGGCUGACAUGCAUCGUGGAUCGUAGCGGACCUGACACGUUCUGUGCAGCAAAGCCCGCGAACUGUUGCAAAUAUGCGACGAACUUCUCAUGCGUUGCCGAGAUUGCCAUCAGAUAGGUCGAUGUUCAUCCUUGUGGCUCACCGAGACCGUCGCAGCUUUACUUGGUCGUUGAAUCGGACCGUUGAAUACUCACAUCGACUUGCUCCAUCAUGCGAAGCACUUCGCAAGCAUCACUCUCUUACCAUUAUUUGGUGUUGCGCUGACGCCCGCCGUCACCGAAAGCUCUCCAGCAGAAUGAAUUCCUCUGUUCAUGCAGGCAACAGAAGUUCACUGACCACUACCAUAACUGCUGCAGAUCAACCUCAAGCUGUUUUGUUAUAUCCAACGGGUCAGCCUACGAUCAAUAAUAUUGACGAUGUGCAGGUCACAUACGACACUGUGUGGGAGAAUGCUAACCUCACUCUAUUCUGUGGAAUCAAUGAGAACAGGAACGAAUGGACUGUGGCGAAGAUUCGACUCUUCGAGCCCAGCGGCGCUAUUGCCAUCGCACCGAUUCACGCCGGGAUGGCGAUUUCCCAUUUUCCAGUGUCUUGUAAUAUGUUGCUGUACGAUGCGUCCAAUCGCUCAGAUUUCAAGACUGGAGGCGCUUUCACAAUGAUCAGCACCCAAGGAGUUGUUUCGACAUUCGCUAUGACUAUCUCGACCGCAAUUACUCCGUUGACAACAAAAGCACAGUCAGAGCCUACCUCAGAAUCAUUAGGUGCGGCCGACAAGAGCAGCCUCAGCACUUCGCUAUCUGCGACUACCUCAGCGACGACCGCGAUGGUCGCGUCAACAGCAGGACGAACAUCAGCAUCAUCGGCCGCAUCGGCUACUUCUGGGCUAAGCGGUGGUGCCAGAGCCGGGAUUGCUGUUGGUGCGAUUAUUGGUGUCUUCGCAAUGAUCGCAACGACAUUCUUUCUUUUUCGCUUGAAACAUAGAACGAAUCGGGCAGGGACUAUGGUGCAUGCAGGCAUGACAGCGUCCGCCGUGACUGGACCUUCGUCCAAAAAAGUCAUCACCCCAAUCUUAGUCACGACAACCAGAUUACGAUCCCCCAGCGCUGGAGGCCGCGUGACGGUAUUCAAGAUCGGACAGCACAAUCGGCGGCAUUCUGAGGACUGGAGGCGAUUCUUUGGUAACGGUAACAUUUCUUCAGCCACAAAACCGGUGCCGGCUUGAUGUGGUUUCAACCCCACGCACAGAUCUUAGGCAGAUGACAUGAGCAACACUUUCUGCGAAUGGGAUGAGCCUACUGAUGAUACUG